AUGCCUCCGAAAAAGAUUGAAGUUGUCAAGGACAAUGUCGUGGCGUUUGGCAGGGUCAGCAAGAACCUCAAGAUGGGGUGCGUCGGCCUGCCCAACGUGGGCAAGUCGAGUCUGUUCAACCUCUUGACCGAGCAGAGCGCCGCUGCGGAGAAUUACCCCUUUUGUACGAUUGAGCCCAACGAGGCGAGAUGUGCUGUUCCUGACGCUCGAUAUGACUUUUUGUGUGACCUCUGGAAGCCGCCUUCCAUGUACCCCGCGUAUCUGCAGGUCACCGACAUUGCUGGCUUGAUCAAGGGUGCUUCGACGGGAGCGGGACUUGGAAAUGCUUUCUUGUCUCAUAUCCAGGCCGUCGAUGGCAUGUUCCACAUUGUCAGAGCAUUUGACAACGACGAGGUUUUGCACGUGGAUGACUCGGUUGAUCCCGUCCGUGACUUGGAAACCAUUCAAAAUGAGCUUUGCAAGAAGGAUCUUGACAUUCUGGCCAAGACCAUCGUCGCCGAGGAGCUGAUCGUCAAGAAGGCAGGAGGCAAGUACAAGAUGCUGCCCCUCUUCACAGAGACAACGACAAAGAUCCAAGCAAUGCUGGAGAAGAACACCCCAGUCCGCGACGGAAGCUGGACCCCCGCCGAAAUCGCCCUCAUCAACGAAAAGAUGUCCCUCAUCACCACCAAGCCCGUCAUCUACCUCGUCAACCUGACAAUGAAGGACUACCUCCGCCAAAAGAGCAAGUACCUCCCGUCCAUCGCCAAGUGGGUCACCGAGCACGGCGGCGUCCCGCGCGACAUCAUCCCCUUCUCCGUCGAGUUCGAGGAGAAGCUGCACAGCUUGAAAGACGACCCGGCCGCGCGGGAGGAGUUCCUCAAGGAGAGCAAGGUCAAGUCCAAGUUGGAUAAGAUUGUGACGGAAGGGUUCACGAAGCUUGGAUUGCAGUAUUACUUCACUGCGGGCGAGAAGGAAAUCAGAUGUUGGACGAUUCCGAGAAAUUGCCUUGCUCCGCAAGCUGCCGGCGCCAUCCACAGCGACUUUGAGAGGGGCUUCAUCAAGGCUGAAGUCGUUGCCUACCAAGACUUCCACGACCUAUGCGAGGGCGGCAAGUCCAUGGGUCCCAUCAAGGCUGCUGGCAAGUACCGCCAGGAAGGAAAGUCAUAUGUUGUUCAAGAUGGUGAUAUUAUUCAUUUCCAAUUCAACGUUGGAAACAAAAAAUAG